CACUUUCUGUUUCGCUGAACCGAAUCGAAGAGUAAGCAGACGUUUCAGAUUAAUCUGCCCCUCUCAGUGGAUAGUUGUUAAAGGAUUUCAGGAUGGAAGACAAGGAUGACAAGGAGGCAACACGCACCUGCGGCCAGUGCCACAAGGAGGUCGCAGAGGCCAACUUCGCUCUGCAUGAAACACACUGCAGCCGCUUCCUGUGUCUCUGUCCGGACUGUAAUGAAUCGGUUCCCAGAGAGCAACUGAACCAACACCGGGAGGAGCAACACACUCUGGUGAGAUGCACCAAGUGUAGCCGGAAGAUGGAGCGCCGCCUGCUGGCCGACCAUGAGGCUGACGAGUGUGAGGAGCGUCUGCAGAGCUGUGUGUUCUGUGAGCUGGAGCUGCCGUGGAAGGAGCUGGACCAGCACUGCCUGGCCUGCGGCAGUCGGACCGAGCUCUGCAGGGACUGCGGCCGCUAUGUCAAACUGAGGGACCAGCCGGAGCACGACCUGACCUGCUCAGCCGCCGCCGACGGCUCAAGUCCGCCUCAAACUACCAACAGUGCGCCCGGUGCAACAGCAGAAACAACAGUGAGCUGUAGCAGGUGUUUGGGGUCGUUUCCAGCUGAAGAUAUAGAGGAACACCAGCUGGAGUGUGCUGACGACGAGGCUCAAGAGGAAGACAGCGAUGAUGAGGAGGGAGCCACUGCUCAGCUGAGCAGCACCUUCAGGGCAGCCUCCCUGCCCAGCAGACCCAGCCGAGGUGGAGGUGACCCAUACCACAUCAGCACCUGCCCACACUGUCACCUGGCCCUGCCCCUCAUCACGCUGCGCUGGCACCAGGCCAAGUGCCGAAUCCACAUCCUCCUGAAAUAGAGAGGGAACUCCUCCGGAUGGUGAAGCUGGACUCCAGUCAGACGGAGUCGUAGCUACUACGGGCCUUUGGAAGCUUUUCUCAUGUUCCACUGGGUGUUUACAGUUAGUUUUAUUAACCUUUAGUUUUUGUGUGAAGACAAUACGAGUUCAGAAAGCAACACGCUGCAUUUACUGUAACGUGACAUUCCUGAAGCACCGUCUGUGAACUACAGCCACCAACCUGCCAGCUGCAUCCGUCUACAGUCAGUGGGACAGCUGGAGUGAGAACGGUCACGUUAGCAGUUUUCAUGUCAGAAUAAUGUCAAGCUGGCCGGAUGGUCUUUUCUCCAAACUCCAGAUGAAGAAGUGGCUGAUGGGAUGUAAACGGUAGAACAUGGAGCGAGCUGCCCUGGUGUGCCUGGCUAGCGUUAGCAUGUAGCCGUGCUGCUGACCUCUCUUUGCUGUGGGAGGCCUGAUCAUCGGUUUGUCACAGUUUCAUUGGUGCGGCCGUUUGUCUGUUUGCCUUGAUGAAUGCUGACCUAUGAACCGCUUUGUGCUGCUUCAUUAAAACACCACUCCUUACAAACUACAACACCGCUGACCUGUCUGAAUCCCACAUGUUCUUACAUUUUUAAAAAAUGUCUAUAUAUAUAUAUAUAUCUACCAAAGAUCCACUUUGAUUAAAGUUUGUAUGUAAAAUC